CACCUCCGCUUCUCGGCCCGGUCCCGGUGCGGCCCGGCCGGCCCGCGGGACGCGGAGCCGAGGCCGCGGCCGGCCGCAUGAAGGACUGCGAGUACCAGCAGAUCAGCCCCGGGGCUGCCCUGCCGCCCCCCUCUCCAGGGGUGCGCCGCUCCGGCCCCGCCGCGCCGCCCGGCCCGGGCCCCGGGCCCCCGUCGCCCGCCGCCGCACCGCGCUGGAGCGGCAGCGAGAGCAGCGGCCGCCGCCCACGGCGCAAGUGGGAGGUGUUCCCGGGCCGCAACCGCUUCUACUGCGGCGGCCGUCUCAUGCUGGCCGGCCACGGCGGCGUCUUCGCGCUCACGCUGCUGCUGAUCCUCACCACCAGCGUCCUCUUCUUCGUCUUCGACUGUCCCUUCCUGGCCCGCCAGCUGACCCUCGCCAUCCCCAUCAUCGCUGCCAUCCUCUUCUUCUUCGUCAUGAGCUGUCUGCUGCGGACGAGUCUCACCGACCCCGGGAUCCUGCCCCGGGCCACUGUCUGUGAGGCAGCCGCCCUGGAGAAACAGAUUGACAACACAGGCAGUUCAACAUACCGGCCUCCCCCUCGGACCCGGGAGGUGAUGAUCAACGGACAGAUGGUGAAGCUGAAGUACUGCUUCACCUGCAAGAUGUUUCGGCCGCCCCGGACCUCGCACUGCAGUGUCUGCGACAACUGUGUGGAACGGUUUGACCAUCACUGUCCCUGGGUGGGCAACUGUGUGGGGAGACGGAACUACCGCUUCUUCUACGCGUUUAUUCUCUCCCUCUCAUUCCUGACGGCCUUCAUCUUUGCCUGCGUGGUCACCCACCUGACGCUGCGCUCUCAGGGAAGCAACUUCCUCUCCACUCUGAAGGAGACACCAGCAAGUGUGCUGGAAUUGGUGAUCUGCUUUUUCUCCAUCUGGUCCAUCCUGGGCCUCUCAGGGUUUCAUACUUACCUCGUCGCCUCCAACCUGACAACUAAUGAAGACAUCAAAGGCUCGUGGUCCAGCAAGAGGGGCGGUGAGGCCUCUGUCAAUCCCUACAGCCAUAAAAGUGUCAUUACCAACUGCUGUGCUGUGCUCUGCGGCCCCCUACCCCCCAGCCUGAUUGACCGGAGGGGAUUUGUGCAGUCUGACGCCAUGUUGCCCUCACCCAUCAGAAGCAGCGAGCCAGCCUGUGGAGCCAAGCCUGAUGCCAGCAUGGUAGGAGACCACCCCUGAACUGGGCUCAGUACUUGCCACCUGCUGGCCUGUGCCCCUCUGCACUCACCUGCUGCGCUCCACACCUGCCAGGACCCUCCCCAUUCCACCUGAGGGAAGCAGAGCCGCCAAAGACUUAAGUCUUUUCAUAUUUAUUUCCCACCCUGCGCGUGGCUUUCCCACACCAUUCCCUGGCUGUACCCUCUGCUUCCCAAACCCAGGUUCCCACACCCUUGGGCCCUAGGUUCCCCCAGCUGAUGGGUGGCAGGAUAGAGAGGCCAGGGCCCCUGAGGCCGCCCAGAGGACGGCCUGUGCCAGGGCAAGCCCUGUGUGAGUGAGGUGUGGACUGAGUGGGAUACCUCCCAGCCAGUGGAGCUGCUGGGCCCUGCUGAGCCAGCUUGGGAGGGAAGCAGCCCCAUGAGCCGUUAGCUCUGGAUAGGGGGCUGUGGGGCUGUGGGAGGGGAUGCUUCCAUGGGCUGCUGUGGGUUGGAGGCUCCUUCAUUCUUUUAGUGAUGGUCAUUUCUUCCAUUUUUGUUUUGUAUGUAAUUGGCCAAUAGGAUGGAGCUGGGGUUCCAGGUGGAGAGGGCAAAGUUGGGGGUGUGUAUGGUGGGGGGUGGGGUCAGCCUGUGCCAGAGGAAGCCAAACCAGCCAGCCAGGCCCCCAAGACCUCAGCUCCUGCAUGAUUCCUGGACAGCACACUAGGAGGUGGGAGCCUCCCUCUCUCUACCCGUGGAGGGUCUCUAAGGGAUCCCAGCCUGGUGCCCUGCCUCUCCCAAGUCAGGUCCGGGGAUGGGCAGGUUAUACUCAUGCUGGCAAUACUUGAAACGGGUUUAUUAAUGCUAGGUAUUUUGCACAAUUUUAUAGACCUCUUUUCUAUAUAGCAUUUUUUAAAUGGAAGAAGAAAAAAAUAGCCACAUUGCUCUCUCUGUAGUGCCAGGUUAAGGGUUAUUGGAAGGCAAGUUAGUUUUAAUAAGUUUAUUACAAGAGACCUUCUGGCUGUGAGUGAGAGUGUGUGCGUGUGUUGCGUGUGCCCUUGUAUGAAUGUGCCUGGCUCCCACUUCCCCGCAUCCCCUGGGCUGCCCUGCUCCCUGCCAUCCCUUGGGUGUCUGCAGCAGCAGGAACAGCCUGAGCCAUGGGGACAGAGAAUGUGUGCAUUGGUCACAAGAGUUCCCUGGGCUCCUGCUGCAGCUCAGCCCCCAUCCUCCUAUCUGUCUCUCCUCCCCGGACUUCAGACAACCAGUGGUUGGGGACUCUGCCAUCCCCUACCCCACGUCAGCCACCCAGCCCCCAGGUCAGGCUUCUAGCCAGGACCUGCCCAGACGGGCUGAGGUCAGGCGUUGUGGAUGGAGUAAUGGCUGUGGGGAGCGGCUGCCGUCCUACAAGCCACACCCCCUCAUCGAAGCCGAGCGUAGGAUCCACAGUGCCAGGGCCUCGAGGAGUGGGAGUCUGCCACCUGGAGGCCACCUACCAGAGCAAAGGCAGGAAAGAGUAGCGUGGGCCAAGGGGCGAGUGAAGGUUGGCCUAAAUCUGGGCCAGAACUCAGAGGAUGUCCCUCCUCUGCUGGAGGCUAUAGUUUCUUGUCAAAAUAGAUAGGAAAUUAUCCUUCUGUUCCCCAACUUGGCUCUUCAAGUGGGCUGAAGCCCUUGGGAAGUGACAUAGGAAUUCUGCUAUCUUGCCCUUCCUUGCUGGGAGGCCAGUGGCCACAGGCAGCUAAGAAGUGGCAGCCACAGAGGGCCUCACUGGGAGAAACAGCUCCGCCCAGCCUCAGGCCCAGGGCCACGCUACAGUGCACUGGGAGGUAGGGGGGAGGCUGGCUGGAAGGAGGGGACUCCCUCCUGCCUUUUAUUUAAGCCAGUAUUCUUUGUUACUGCUUGUAAUAAAACCUUUGUUUUUAAGAGUU